AUGGCAUCUAAUUCACAGCGCCAGUUCUUGACCUGGGUCCGGAAGGCAUCAAAGCCAAAAAGACACCAUCAUCACAACCAGACCUUUGAGAUAGAGAAAGAUUUUAAUUCCUCCUCUUCGACCAUAUCCUCUGACAGCACUGAAAGGCAGUCACUAGACAGGCAUCACUAUAGCUCUGCAGCUCGCCUAUCACUCGCCCGGCUUAUUGCCGAUGACUCUAUUGAGGUAGACCGGCUCCUCCUCGCAUGUCGGGAUCUGGGUGGCUUCUACCUAGAUCUAAGGUCGACUGAGCUAGGCGAGGAGGUCAUGUCCGAUGCAGACAGGCUUUUUACCCUGGGAGAAAACGUCUUUGACCUACCAGAACAUGAGAAGAGAGCAUAUGAUAUGGCCAAAUUUGGUGGCUACUACGGAUACAAAGGCUACCGCAACCGUACUCUCGACCUCAAGGAAUUCUACACCGUCUCAAAAGACGAUAUACUGGGCCUUCAAUGUCCAACAAACGCCUGUCGGCCCCAGCCUCCGUCCAUAAAUUCAUCACGUCCUCUAAUACAAACAUACAUACGAAACUCUCAUGCCAUCAUCUCACUAAUCCUUUCUCGUCUGACCUCUGCCUUAAACCUCCCACAAGGUUCAUUAGAGAGCAUACACCGCCGCGAUGCAAACAGCGGCGAUCAAAUACGCUGGAUCAGGCUGCAGGCAAGCAAGGAGGCGCGUCCCCCUCCCGAGAAUGACGUUCUGCUAGAUGAACACUCAGAUUCCAACAGCGUCACCCUUAUCUUCAAUCAAUCUGACGGCCUUCAGUUCCGAUCCCCCCAGCCGGAACAUUCACUCCACAAUCUCCCUAUCCCCAGAGAAAAUCCCACCAUUACAACCCCUACCAAUGCCACCGCGUCUUCUUCUCCUAACGCCACCGUUGACUUUUCUCAGGGACCCUCAACUUUCCCUGCCAACUGGAUACCCGCGAACCCUAUACCAGGCCACUGCAUAAUCCUGGUGGGUGAGCAGCUCGUCAAGCUCACUGACGGCAAUGUCCGGGCGAACGUGCAUCGUGUAUGUGCGUGGUCCGGAAUUCAAGGCAGCAGCCCUCGGUACUCACUUGUAUACUUUUCACGGCCUGAAGAUGACGUUAUCCUGAAACAACUUGCCGGGAUCCCCGUCGUCCCAAAGUCGGUUACCGCACCGAAGGGCUCGCGUGAACUACAGAACCAGUGUAAGCGACUUAGCAAAGUAUUCGAGGGGAAGGAGUGGAUGGGGUGGGCUAGAUCGUCUUCGCCUCGAACAAAAGAGGUAGCUUAA